AUGUGUGGAAUUUUCUUAAUGGUUACACGUAUUCAUGAGGAUGUUAGUGAGGACUAUAAUGAUAUUAUUGAAUUGAUUAAUGUUCGUGGCCCUGAUGGAUCUAGUACAAUAGAAAUUAUAAUGAAAGAAGUAAAAUUAAAAAUAUGCUGUUCAGUACUACAUUUGCGCGGUAAAGGAGAAGCUACACUACAACCUCUUGAAAAUGAUCAAGGUGAUCUGCUUUGUUGGAAUGGAGAAGUUUGGAAUGGUUUAGGAAUCAAGUUUACAGAUAAUGAUACAAUUCAAGUUAUGAAUGCAUUAUCGAAGCCAUUUACUAAUGUUAUUGAUAUUAUAAGAGAGAUAGAAGGUCCAUAUGCAUUUAUUUUUAUUGAAAAAAGCAAAGAAAGAUUAUGGUAUGGAAGAGAUUGUUUAGGAAGAAGAUCUCUUUUAAAAAAGACAUCCACAGAGAUUUGUGAUUCUUUUUGUUUUCUACUAUCUAGUGUAUCUAAUGGAGAUCCUUCAUGGGAAGAAGUUUUUGCAGAUGGUCUUUAUUUUGUUGAUUUAAGUUUGAUUUCUGAAAAUAAGCUUUUUGAAAAAAAAAUUCCAUAUAUUUAUGAUUUUGAUCAAUUUAGUGAUUUAUAUUUGACAUAUCCUUAUCCUCGAAUAAAUACAUCUCUUGAGUCUGUUUCGACAGAAGAUUUAGAUUUAUAUGUGGAGGAAUUUUAUAAUGUUUUGAAACAAGCACUAUAUAUUAGGACUGUAUCUGUAUUUUCUACAUCAACAGAUCAACCUCGUCUAGCUAUACUUUAUUCUGGUGGACUUGAUUCAUCUGUUUUAGCGAGAAUAAUACAUGAAAUAUUGCCAGUAAAUGAGCCCGUAGAUUUGUUAAAUGUGGCUUUUGAAAAUUUCCAAGUUUCUGCACAAAAAACAGAUUCUACGGAUUUAGAUGAUAUUUAUAAUUGCCCUGAUAGAAUAACAGGAAUUAAUGCAUAUAAAGAGUUAUGCAAAAUAACUGGAAACAAAAGACCGUGGAGAUUUGUUCAAAUUAAUGUUCCAUAUUUUGAAUCAAAUGAUCACAAACCAACGAUAAUAAAAUUAAUGCAUCCAAAUGAUACUGUUAUGGAUUUAAGCAUUGCAAUGGCUUUUUAUUUUGCUUCACGGGGACAAGGGUUAUUGAGAUGCACAAAUAAUUCUUUAUUAGAAUAUAAUUCUGUCUCAAAAGUUUUGAUUAGUGGGAAAGUUUAUUAUAGAGCAGACGAACAACUUGGGGGAUAUUCCCGAUAUUUAAAAAAAUACAUUAAAGGAGGAUGGCUUGAUGUAAUUGAAGAACUUUCUUGUAAUAUUUCGAGAUUAUCAUAUCGUAAUUUGGGUAGAGAUGAUAGAAUUGUAUCUCAUCAUGGAAAAGAAAUAAGAUAUCCGUAUCUCGAUGAAAACGUUAUGAGAUUUUUAUCAAAAUUACCUGUACAAGGGAAAAUGAAUUUUAAUAUAGAAAAUGGUGAAAAACUUUUAUUAAGAAAAUUAUCUCGGAAACUUGGUUUGAUAUACUCUAGUAAAGAAAAAAAAAGGGCUAUUCAGUUUGGGAGCAGAAGUGCAAAAAUGCAAUUAAGUAAUAAAAAAAUUAGUGGAACAAAUAAAUUGGAAAAAGAUUAA